AAGCAAAGCAAAUGCUAGUAGCAAGUUCGUGCGGGUUCCGAUAUUUGUUUCUAUCUACUACAGGAUGUGGCCAAUAAUAUUACAUUUUAUACGUUCAAAUGCGGUAUAUAUCACGUUACCGAUUGCUGGAAUAAUUGGUGUUAUCGGCUAUAACAUCGAGAGUAUACUUUCUGAUAAAUACACGCCUUAUAGUGCAUCAAUCGAGGAAAAACGUGCGGAACGAAUUACGGAUGAUCAGAACCUGAAGAAUGCCGCAAAUGUGGAGAAGCUGGUCUAUAGAGAAAAUGUUUUAGGGCGAAACCUAUCUCCAUCUUUAGAGAAAAAAUAGCUGUAAAACUUGCUCAUUUAACAAUUUUCUGUUUGUAUAUUUGCUUGAAAGAUAAGGUUUUAAUUUUAUAAAAUAAAAUGUAAUACAU